GGACCCGGGCCGCGGGCGCCCGCAUGUCAGGAUGAUCGGAGACCUGGCAACGGAUCUCCACUGCCAGCGACUUGGGGGGCUCGGAGAGGAGCAAGUUCGGGGGUCGGGGCCGGCAGCCGAGUGAGGCCGCAGCCCCGCGCGCGCGCGGUGCGGGCGAAAACCUCGGACCAUGUAUACGAGUCAUGAAGACGUUGGCUAUGAUUUUGAAGAUGACCCCAAGGAUAAGAAGACGCUCAAGCCCCACCCGGACAUUGAUGGCGGGUGGGCUUGGAUGAUGGUCCUCUCGUCUUUCUUCGUGCACAUUCUCAUCAUGGGCUCCCAGAUGGCCCUGGGAGUCCUCAACGUGGAGUGGCUGGAGGAAUUCCAGCAGAGCCGCGGCCUGACGGCCUGGGUCAGCUCCCUCAGCAUGGGCAUCUCCUUGAUUGUGGGGCCCUUCAUCGGCUUGUUCAUUAACACCUGCGGCUGCCGGCAAACCACCAUUGUCGGAGGCCUGGUGAACUCCCUGGGCUGGGUGCUGAGCGCCUACGCGGCCAACGUGCAUUAUCUCUUCGUCACUUUCGGCGUGACAGCUGGGGAAGGAAAAGGGAAGAGUUGGGGACACUUAGUUCAGGGAGUAGGCCUCGGCAGCGGGAUGGCCUACCUGCCCGCCGUGGUCAUGGUGGGGAGGUAUUUUCAGAAGCGGCGCGCGCUGGCCCAGGGCCUCAGCACCACGGGGACGGGCUUCGGCGCCUUCCUGAUGACCGCCCUGCUCAAGUACCUGUGCUCCGAGUACGGCUGGCGCAACGCCAUGUUCAUCCAGGGCGCCGUGUGCCUGAACCUGUGCGUGUGCGGGGCGCUCAUGCGGCCGCUGCCCGCCCCGGCGGAGCCCGACUCGGCCAAGCCCGGGGGCCCCGCCGCCGGGGGCGGCAGCGCGGAGGAGGAGGAGGAGGAGGAGGAGGAGGACGGCCGGCCCCGGGACGAGGCGGCGGCGGCGGCGCGCGACCCCCAGGCCCCGCCCGAGCGCCGCCGAGGCCCGGCGCGGCCCGCGGGCAGCCUGUGCGCGCUGCGCGCCGUGAAGGCCGCCAGCCGGCUGACGAGGCGCGCGCGCCGGGGCUGCCGCGAGUGGCACGCCGGCUACUUCGGCGCCGCGUCGCUCUUCACCAAUCGCGUGUUCGUGGCCUUCGUCUUCUGGGCGCUGUUCGCGUACAGCAGCUUCGUCGUCCCCUUCAUCCACCUCCCGGAGAUUGUCAACCUGUACCACCUGUCCGCGCAGAACGACGUCUUCCCGCUCACCUCGGUCAUCGCCAUCGUCCACAUCGCCGGCAAGGUGGUGCUGGGCGCCGUGGCCGACCUGCCCGGCGUCAGCGUCUGGACCGUCUUCCUCCUGGCCAACCUCACGCUGGGCCUCAGCAUCUUCCUCCUGCCCCUGCUGCGCACCUACGCCGGCCUGGCCGUCAUCUGCGCCCUCAUCGGCUUCUCCAGCGGCUACUUCUCCCUCAUGCCCGUCGUGACCGAGGACCUGGUGGGCAUCCGGCACCUGGCCAACGCCUACGGCAUCAUCAUCUGCGCCAACGGCAUCUCCGCCUUGCUGGGACCCCCGUUCGCGGGGUGGAUCUAUGACAUCACCCAAAAAUAUGAUUUUUCCUUCUACAUAUGUGGUUUGCUUUACAUGGUAGGAAUACUGUUUUUACUCUUUCAACCAUGUGUUCGAAUUAUAGAACAAUCCAGAAGAAAACACAUAGACGACGCACACGUGUGAGAGUCCCAGUUGCAUUUCAUCUCUGAUUUCACUAGCUGCACGCCUGCCUACCUCGUUAGGAGCCUGGCUGUGCGAGGCUGGUUUGUAGGAUCGGGCAGGGUCACGUGUAAGAGCCACUGUUGUGGCUGCGGUUGUAAGUGGCAGUCCCGGGCCACAUAUCAGGGACCACGUAAGUUUUAGAGAUGAUCAUGUUUACAGCCUGUCAAAUAACUGAUGCCCUUGUGUGAACCAUUCUCUCAUCCUCCACUGGGACUAGGUUAGGAGCUACGAGGAUGCACAGAACAGAAGCUUCCUAACCCAACAGG